AUGGAGAUUGGGAGGAUGGAGAGUGAUCUGUCAGUAUUGUAUGAGGGUCUGAAGUUGACAGAAGAAGAACAAAAGGAGAUCGAGGUGAGCGAUGAGGAAGUAUCACUUUUUCUAUCGAAGAGUAAACUGUGUCUUAUGAUUUGUUUGAUAGCUGAUAAGGAGAUGAAUAGAGGGGCUCUUACGAAUACCCUGUCUAAAGUAUGGCAAGUUGAGGGUCUAGUAGCCUUCAAAGAGGUGGGGAGAAACAAGUUCCUGGUGGAGUUCAAAAGGAGAACUGAUAAAACAAGAGUUCUUAAUGGCCGUCCAUGGUCUUUUGAUAAAAGUCUGGUGUGUAUAGAAGAUUGUGAAGGAGCUAAGUCUAUUAAGAAAUUGCAUUUUCGGCAUGAACCCUUCUGGAUUCAAUGUCAAGAUAUUCCUUUUGCAGGUAUGUCGGCGAGCAUGGGAGAGAAACUAGGUAGUUCCUUGGGCAAGGUUCUGAUGGUGGAUUCAGACGGAAGUGAUACUAGUUGGGGAAAUUCUUAUGUGUGA